GUUUUCCCCUCCUUUUGUCUUUUGAGUUUAAAAAAAAGUGAUUAGUUGUGAGAAUGUCGUGUGUUCAUUAUAAAUUCUCGUCCAAACUGGACUACAACACCGUGACCUUUGACGGGCUGCACAUCACCCUGGCCGAGCUGAAACGGCAGAUUAUGGGCAGAGAGCGCCUCAAAGCCACCGACUGCGACCUGCAGAUCACCAACGCACAGACCCGUGAAGAGUACACUGAUGAGGGAGGUUCACAUCCCCAAACACUCAUCAGUGAUCGUCAGACGCACACCCCAUCGGAG